ACCACCUAGUUCCAACCCCGCCGUUGUUGAUUCGAUUUCGAUUUUUCAGUCUGUGGCGAACCGUUCAAGUCGAUGGUUCCACUACGUUUCUUCGGCGGCUAUUCGGUUUGGUGUUCCCGCAAUCGUAACCGUUCCGCAUGGUACAAUUCAACUGGCGGCGGCUUUGCCGCAAAAAGCGUAACAUUCCGCAGGGUGGUGCUAUCCUGGAUCAAGUGAUUUCGCAGAGCGCCAACGCCUCCAACCAGUGUCUGCUGUACAAGAUGGCCAACUAUAAACGGGGUGGCGAUUUGAUUGACGCCUUUCAGGUCGGUGGUCAGAAAGCCGUCGAACAGUUGAUUCGGGAUCAGUUUGGGGUGUUUAUGUAUAACAAUGGACGCGGACAGAUUAUCAAUCGGGCCGAGUAUCUUCGCUGGAAGUACAUGGAUAAUCAUGAGGUCGUCAUUCCGAUUGAGGCUUCCCUAUCGCCGCACGAUCCCCUAGGGAAAUGGGUCGAUCAUAAGGCUUGCUGGCAGAUGCAGUACCGAGGAUUGCUGGGGGAGAGCCUACUGCACGUGUUAAUUAUUUGCGACACCAAAAUUCACACCAAGUUGGCUCGGAUCAUGCUGCGCGUUUUCCCGGAACAAUCGAUUGACGUGAUGGAAGGUGAGGAGUACCUGGGCGCUAGUGCACUUCACCUGGCGAUCGCCUACAGCAACAACGAGUUGGUGGGCGAUCUGAUUGAUGCCGGGGCGGAUGUGUCCCAGCGGGCCAUUGGACGCUUCUUCCUUCCGCGGGAUCAGCAGGGUUUGCGACCGGUCAAAACGACCGAUUAUGAGGGGUUGGCUUAUCUUGGGGAGUAUCCACUAGCGUGGGCUGCUUGCUGUGCGAAUGAAUCGGUUUAUAAUUUGCUGUUGGAGUGUGGGGCAGAUCCGAACGCGCAGGAUAGUUUUGGGAAUAUGAUUUUGCAUAUGGUUGUGGUGGGUGAUAAACUGGAUAUGUUUGGGUAUGCUCUGCGUCAUCCGAAGCUACCGUGCAAGAAUGGGAUUUCGAAUGAAGCGGGAUUGACUCCGUUGACGUUGGCUUGUCGUUUGGGUCGCGAUGAAGUUUUUCGCGAGAUGUUGGAACUGUCGGCGAGGGAGUUCUGGCGGUAUAGUAACAUCACCUGUUCCGGGUAUCCGUUGAAUGCGCUGGACACGUUGAUGCCGGAUGGUUCGACUAACUGGAAUUCGGCUUUGUUUAUCAUUCUGAAUGGAACUAAGGAGGAGCAUUUGAACAUGUUAGAUGGUGGCAUCGUUGAGCGUUUGUUGGACGAAAAGUGGAAAACUUUCGCCAGGAAUCAGUUUCUGAAGCGACUACUGAUCCUUGCACUGCAUUUGUUUUGUUUGUCCUGCUCGGUUUAUCUGAGACCGGCUCGGGUAUUUCCUAACGAGAGUGAGGCUGAUGGCGAGGCUGGUGAGGGUUCCGGAGACGAUGAAGGUAUUGAUUUGACGAGCUGGUUCCGCUACGGGUUCGAGAUCGCAACCGUGAUGGGAGUGCUGAGUUACGUGGUCCUGCAGCAAGGCGACGAGAUCAAGAACCAAGGGCUAAUUUCGUUCAUUAAAUCUCUGGGCAACGCACCGGCAAAAGCCAUCUUUUUGGUCUCGAAUUUAAUGAUCCUGGCGUGUAUUCCUCUGAGGAUUCUAGGCGAUACAGAGACCGAAGAAGCGAUCCUUCUAUUUGCCGUUCCUGGCAGCUGGUUUCUUCUGAUGUUCUUCGCUGGAGCAAUCGGUUUGACAGGUCCCUUCGUAACGAUGAUCUUUUCCAUGAUCACGGGUGAUAUGUUCACGUUCGGCAUCAUCUACAUGAUCAUACUGUUCGGUUUCUCACAGGCAUUCUAUUUUCUGUACAAAGGACACCCGGAUGCGGAGGAGACACCGUUCGGAAGCUACUGGAGUACUUGGAUGGCCCUUUUUCAGACGACUCUGGGUGAUUACGAUUACGCCGAUUUGAAUCUGACCACCUACCCGAGCCUUGCCAAGACCGUAUUCAUCCUGUUCAUGAUCUUCGUACCGAUUUUACUUCUCAACAUGUUGAUCGCUAUGAUGGGUAACACCUACGCGUACGUCAUCGAACAAGCGGAGAAAGAGGGCAUGAAACAGUGGGCCAAGAUCGUGGUCAACCUCGAGCGGGCUGUGAAGCAGGAGGACGCCAAGAAAUACCUGGAAGAGUACUCGAUCGGUUUAGGCCCCUCGGAUGAUCCUCGGUACGAAAUUCGUGGAGUUAUGGUCAUUAAAAGCAAGAGUAAAACUCGUGCCCGUCAGCGUAAAGGUGCGGUAAGCAACUGGAAGAGUGUCCUUCGUGUCACUUUGAACGAACUGAAGAAACGUAGCAUGACCGGUGAGGAACUGAGACGUAUCAUGUGGGGUCGGUCCUCGAUCACUUCACCGGCCAAAGUAUCCAAGAAAAAGAAAGGCUAUGAGGAGGACCCCUUUGCGAUCACGGCCGCCAUCGAUGUGAUGUCCUUUACGCAGGACAUCGUGAUGGUUAGUACCGAUCCGUCGGCCCCACCAACGAUUGACCCGACGAAAAAACCGACCACCACUGUCAAACCGGCAACCGCUCCUGUACCACAACAACAGCAACCAACACCGGAAAUUCCACCCACUCCCGCUCUGGUCAAGCGCCAAUCCGUUGUCAGUGCUCCACCGGCCUACGAUGAUUUCCCUCCGAUGAAGGAUUACAAAGAUCCACUGCGAGAGCUGGUCAUCAUCUCCGAAGCAACCUCUGUCGACGAACAGUAUGCUCAAAACGUCAAAAUGCUAGCAUUCGACGCUUCCACCUUGGACCACAUCCACGAGAUCGAUCUAACCCGCCAGUCGCAGAUGCGCCAGGAAGAGCAACAGCAGCAGCAGCAGACACAACAGCAACAGCAGACUGUUGGUCAGCUGAAUCCCUUCCUGGAUACGAAAGACGUUGUCGAUCCGGUGAAGGAGCGGGAAUUCCUCAAAACGUUGGAAGCCCUGGAGGACACCGAUAGCGAAGCGGCCGAGAAGCCAGUUCUUGGUAAAAUUUCCCUGAUUCGUCGCGCUAAAUCGGCCGUUUCGAGAACGACUUCCAGGAAGAAGAAAACUGACCAACAUCCUCUGUUUAUGAUUGCCUGGGAUGAUAAAAACGUGGCUCGUGCUGCGCAGGAGGAUUUCGGUGCACUGAAUACGGCUUACGAGUACACCGAGGAAGAUUUGAAACAUGACGUUGAUGAGGAAGCUAAGGAAAUUCAUGACAAUGAGGACGAGGGUGUGACGGUAGAGGAGGUUCACCGGCGAAUGGAGCAGUUUCAUUUGAGAGCGCGGGUCUCACCGGAACGGGACAGUAACUCGACCGAGAGCAGUAAGAAAUCUUCCGGUUCGAAGAAACGUCACGGUCAUGGAAUUGGUCGAGGAAAGAAUAAGAUUUCACCGGACACUUCGAAUGAAAGUGUUUCGUCGGCAAAGAAGGAUAAACGAAUGAAAUCGGCUCCUACUAGUGGUGGUGGCAAUGGAGGGCCACGGCACCGGCGGUUGCAGGAACAGGAGGCUGGGGGUGAUUCGCCGCCGGAUCCGUUGGAACCGUGGAGUACACGGGACAUUGUGAACAUUAACAAGCUGCUCGAUACGGACACGCAGGAGGAGUGA